GCUUGCAUCGGGGAGAUGAAGGGCUGGUUGAAGAAGGAUCACAGCCCGAUCUUCCUGUUGGACAUGGUCGACGCAAAGACAGUCUCCGAGGCGUUGCUUGCCGAGCACAGGUUGGAGUGGCUCUUGAUGGAUUGGACGUGGAAGACGAACUACCACGGGAUGCUCGCGGGUGCCGUUGGCCCCGUGGGCCUCCACGUGGACGAAGCAACUGGCCUCCCGACUAUGCGCUUCCUGCCGGUGGUGUUCAUGGCCUCGGAGACCGAGGACAGCGAGGCUCCCGAGCUUCUCUUGCAGGCUUACUUCGAGAUCGCUGACCGCCUUGGCAUCAGCACGACGCGCGCCGCCAUGGACUGCCGGUGCAUGGGCGCGGCCGCCCCCCUGUGCAAAGCUCGUGGCAUCCGACUGCGCGGGUGCCUGCAGCGCGCGAAGGGGAACGUCGCUGACGAGGGCAAGAAGAUGUUGGACAAGGGGGGCGGCGUGAAGCGGAUGAAGAACACGGCCCUUGUACAUCCCAUCAAGAACUUCAUGGAAUUCUCCUCCGGCCUCCCCGACAGCGGCGCCGGGGGCGAGGGUGAGAGCGACUUGGAGUUCAACGUGCCGUGGACGGAGAUCUUCGAUCGGUUGAGGGAGGACGGGGAAGAGUCGUUUCAAUGGGGCGAGUCCGCAAUGGCGGACUACCUCCUGACGAACAUCUUUACAGUGCGUCCAGACGGAACGAUCGCCGCGCCCCGGCGCUGCGGGCUCGGGCAGGCCCCCCCUGGCCUUGCGACGUACGCGACGUCUAGAUCUUGGCGGACUCUCAAAGGCGUUUGCUGCGCGGGGGCCCCGAAGUCACUCCCAGAGCUGAUCGACGGAAUCGGCGCCGUGAUGACGUCGAGGAAGGACGCUGGCUUCUGGAAGUCCCUGCACCGCGAGAUCAAGAUCCCCCCCCCUUCGCUGACUGGCGAGGGCCGCCGCCGGGUGGCGAGCAGACAUGAACAAUAUGUCAGCGAGGGGGGGGGGGGCGCGACGACCCGCCCCGCGAGGCUGAACCGCCGCGACAUGAUGCCCCACUUCCAGCGGGAGGGCCGCGACGGCGCGCACCUCUCCAGCGCGUGCGACGUCGUCUUAAACGUCGACGGCGUCGCAGCCCAGACCACCUCCGUGCACGUCUUGCUGAGGUUCCACCGGAGCUGGGCGAAGGAGCGCAAGGCGGACGUGCCGGCGGCGCUGCAGCUUGGCACGGCGACGUCUUUUUCCGAUGUCAGGGAGGCGGCGAGGGGCAG